UCAGUGUUAUGGAUAAAAUUAGCCAUUGUUGUCCUUUUCUUCAUCUGAGAGUGAGAACACAGCAAUUUGUGGUAACCCUUUCAGUAUUAGGCAGUGCACUGUCGUGGAUCACCACUUCUGAUGCUCAGAAUCAGUGCAGUCUUACUAGAUAUCCCGAUCUAUGUGCUCAAACCUUGAUGCAAUUUGGUUCAUCUAAUCAAAGUGUUCAUCAUAACAUUUUGGCUCUUGUCAACAAAACCAUUUUAGAAACUAACUUGCCAAGUUCAUAUUUUGCUGAAUACAAGACUGAUGAUGAAGAUGGAGCCCAUUCUGUCGUCGCAGAUUACUGUGAAGAGCUUAUCGGCAUGUCAUUGAAAAGGUUAGAUCAAUCCCUGAGAGCACUGAAAUACCCUACAAGAAACAACAAUGACAUUCAAACAUGGCUAAGUGCUUCCAUAACUUUCCAACAAACUUGUAAAGACUAUGCAGAUGCACACACCACAAUCUCUCCAGGAGGCCUUAUGCAAAGAAUGUCAGACAAAAUGCACUAUCUUUCUCAACUGGGAAGCAACUCAUUAGCACUUGUUAACCAUGUGAGCAAAAAAGGUAGCCAGAAAGAUGAAACUAACAAAGAGGAACAUGAAUUUCCCAAGUGGGUAUCAGCCAAAGGACGUAAGCUGCUUCAAGGAGGCACCAUAAAAGCAAAUGCCAUAGUUGCACAAGAUGGUUCAGGAGAUUACAAGACAGUUUCUGAAGCCAUUAAGGCAGCUUCAGGGAACAGGUUUGUGAUUUAUGUGAAGGAAGGGGUUUACAAAGAGAAGAUUCGCACCAGCAAGGAUGGAAUCACCUUAAUUGGAGAUGGAAAAUCCUCUACUCUUAUUGUUGGAGAUGACAAUGUUGCCGAGGGUUCUUCCUUAACCGACUCAGCCACGUUUACAAUCACCGGCGAUGGCUUUAUGGCACGCGACAUCGGAUUCCAGAACAACGCUGGCCCAGGAGGCGAACAAGCGGUGGCUCUGAGCAUAGCCUCCGACCAUGCCGUCCUCUACCGGUGCAGCAUAUCAGGGUACCAAGACACCCUCUACGCCCUCGCCCUCCGCCAGUUCUACGCAGAAUGCGACAUUUACGGCACGAUCGACUUCAUCUUCGGCAACGCCGCCGCCGUCUUCCAGCGCUGCAACCUCCUCCUCCGCCGCCCUCGCGGCUCCAGCUACAACGCCAUUCUGGCCAACGGCCGAACUGACCCCGGCCAGAACACCGGGUUCUCCGUUCACAAGUGCAGCAUAUUGCCGACCUCGGACUUUACGCAGUCGCGCAGUUCGUUUCUGGGGAGGCCCUGGAAGGAGUAUUCGAGAUCGGUGGUGAUGCAGAGUACAAUCGACGAUGUGAUUGCGGCGAAAGGGUGGGUGGCGUGGCCUGGGUACGGAAGCUCCGUGUUGAAGAGUUUGUAUUUCGCGGAGUAUGGCAAUGAAGGAGGUGGUGCCGGAACCGCAGGGAGGGUGCAGUGGCAGGGUUUUCAUGUUCUUAAGGCUGAGGAUGCUGCCAAAUUCAGUGUUGCUAAUUUUAUUGCUGGAAACUCGUGGAUUCCCUCCAGUGGAGUUAAUUUCAUUUCAGGGCUUAAUUAACUCAGCAGAACAGCAUUUAGAAGAAGA